CCGGCUGUAGGGACCGAGCCGGCCCCCCGCUGCCCCCGGACCGGACCGGACCGGACCGGCCCGUCCCGUCAUGGGUCGCUCCCCGCCCGCCGCCGCCGCCUCGGAGAAGGCGAAACUGACGCACCCGGGAAAAGCCAUCCUGGCAGGCGGCCUGGCGGGCGGCAUUGAAAUCUGCAUCACCUUCCCCACGGAGUACGUGAAGACCCAGCUGCAGCUGGACGAGAAGGCCAACCCACCCCGCUACAGGGGCAUAGGAGACUGCGUGAAGCAGACGGUCCAGGGCCAUGGCGUCCGGGGCCUCUACCGGGGGCUGAGCUCGCUGCUGUAUGGCUCCAUCCCCAAGGCCGCUGUCAGGUUUGGGAUGUUCGAGUUCCUCAGUAACCACAUGCGCGAUGCCCAGGGCAAGCUGGACAGCACGCGGGGGCUGUUGUGCGGGCUGGGAGCCGGCGUGGCCGAAGCCGUGGUUGUCGUCUGCCCCAUGGAGACGGUCAAGGUCAAGUUCAUCCAUGACCAGUGCUCCCCAAAGCCCAAGUACCGUGGCUUCUUCCACGGGGUCCGAGAAAUCGUGCGGGAGCAAGGGCUGCGGGGUACGUACCAGGGGCUCACGGCCACCGUCCUGAAGCAGGGCUCCAACCAGGCCAUCCGCUUCUUCGUCAUGACCUCGCUUCGAAACUGGUACCGUGGCCCCGAUCCAAACAAGCCCAUUAACCCUCUGGUGACUGGGCUGUUUGGUGCCAUCGCUGGUGCCGCCAGUGUUUUCGGCAACACGCCUCUGGAUGUCAUCAAGACCCGGAUGCAGGGGCUGGAGGCACAGAAAUAUAAGAGCACGUGGGACUGCGGCUGCCAGAUCCUGCGCCACGAGGGGGUCAAGGCCUUCUACAAGGGCACAGUGCCCCGCUUGGGCCGGGUGUGCCUGGACGUUGCCAUCGUCUUCGUCAUCUACGACGAGGUGGUGAAGCUGCUCAACAAGGUGUGGAAGACCGACUGAGGGAGUCCUCGGAGGGGCAGGGGGUUGGGCCCGGUGCCGCCCCCGCCCCGGCCCGCUCCACCCGGUGGCCCUCCACCCCCCUUCGCUAGCCCUCGGUCCAAGAGGGCGGGCGAGGGGGGAGCCGGAGCGGGGCGGAACCCGUCCCCUUGGGCUGGACUGACCACCCUUCCCCCACACACUCACGAUGAUUCCAGUGCCAUGUGUGCCAAACACGUCGAUCCCGUACUCGUCCCCGUCCUGCCUGUCGUGUGUCUGUGUUGUCCGUUCCGUGCGGGUCUGUCUUGCCCUUCACCCCCGGGGUUUGCUUGUUCCUCCGGGCCGGAGGGUUCUGUGGGCAGAGAUUCCCCCCACCCGCCGCGGGCUGGGCUGACCGGGACCCCUGUGCCCCUCACCGGGCUGUGCCCCUCACCAAAGCUGCCUCCUGGGGUCCGUCUAGGUGCCUGACCAUUCCCCAGGGCUCUCGGGGGCCCAGCCGGCAAGGGAGCGUGUCGGAACCGACCGCGAGGGCCGAGGGACCGAUGGGGGCCGACCCUUUUCGUGGCCCUCACUGGGGGGCAAAGAUCUGCCCCACGUGGCCCCGGCCCCCGUCCCACCGACUCAGGGUUUUCCAGACCCCAAUAAACCGGAAACUGGUGCAGA